CAAUGGAUUGUCUGGGCUAAGCAAUCUACUCAACUUUAUAUACUCCAUGGUAGUAGUACAACUGGACAUUCACAAUUGCAACAAUAGAAAAUCUGGCACAUCUCAUUGGAGGAGGCAGGUAUAAGAAACGGAAGGAAGGAACAAUAGAAAAUAAUACAAGUAAUUGGAGCAUUUUCAGAAGUUUCUAGUGGGAUAUAUGUAUAUCUUUCUAGAGCACUUCCAUAAAUGGUGAAAAAAAAUAAUAUCCAAUCUUUUUUAAUAACCUACGGUAACCUACUGGGCAAAUAUAAGUAAAACAAAAAUGCAUGCAAAAGGAGAGUUCAGGGCCCAAGGUGUUGACACAGCUUUUGCCAGUCGACAAAAAUUGCUUUUAGAACAACUUUCUAGAGCAGAAAAAGAGUGUAGUAAGGAUAAGGAAGUCCACAGAGUAUCACCCAAGGAAAUGGUGAUUGAACUAAACAAUUUAGAGAAUCCACGCGCAAUAUCCACGAAUGGACGUAAACGGAAGACUGAAACUAAACAGUUUCGAGGCAAGGAGAGUCUUUUUAAACGACCUGGCGCACCUGCACCACGAGUUAAUCUUAGAAGUAUUCCUGAUCAUCAUAAAAAUCCUCACAAGUGGACCAAAUAUAGUCUGGAUGAUGUUUCCAAUGAAGAUAUGACAGAACAUAGUAAUGCUCAGGCUGCUUUUUCAUUUUUACGGGAAUUAAGGGCAAGAAAGGAAAUGGAGGAGGACCGUGAAGAACAAAUGGACAUUGACCACUCAAUAAGAAGUAAAGAAAAGGUUGCCUUUAAAACCAGAAAAGAUAGACCGCCCAUUGAAUUUAAAAGACCAAAAGAGCAUGAAUCAGAAGUACAUGGUGCUCCUGUAAUAGUAGAACAGGAAGACUGUGUAACAUUUCAAAGCAGUAAGAUCAUCAUGCCUGAAUAUGUGGUAGGCCAAAAGCGUAUUAAACAAACAAGAAAGAAAGAUAAGACGCCUGAGACACUUGGAAUUGAAAAGACUUUACAGAAACCCAAACCACUGAAAUUGGAUCACUUGGAGGAGCUUGAUGAAGAGGUUUGAAUUUAUUAGCAUUAUUUACUUGGACUGCUUGCGAUGAACAAUUUCUUUUACCUUAUUAUUAAUUGUAAAGAUCAGGUGUUAGUGUAGCAGGAAAUAUUGUAUAUUGAUAUCUCCAAAAAUUAUAUGGUUGAACUUUCAUUGAUGAA